CAAACAUCUGGGCGAUAUUUGCGAUUUUCCGCGGGUUUUCCGAAUCGUUUUUCCUUGAUCGUAGCGUUUGUUGGAACUUUCAUUUACGUUCAGUCUCAUGCAGUUUCAACCGUAGUGGUGGUACAUUUUAUUUCAAAGAGCAUUUUCCUUUGUUCGCCGAGAGCAAUCCGGAAAAUUGUUGCCGAUGGCGGCCGGCUGUAGCAAAUCGUUCGCCUCAAAAUACGACGAAGAACUGCACUUUGACUUUGAAUAUGCAGAGUUUUGCAGAAACUUUGAAUUCUCCAACUCAUCGACGUGUUGGAUUUGCAACGGAUACUACGGUCCCAGCUACGGUGAACCACUCUGCGGAACGUGCCAUGCGUUUAUCUUCCCGAACCAUCCGGAGGGGGCCGCCGAGAAUCUCGUUACGCAGAUGUCGGAUGACGAAGACUCCGGCAAUGAUGAACCCCCGGAAAACGGUUCCGAAGCGAGGGACCCGUCCGAUGAAGAUCCUGACGAUGACGAACGCGAGCGACCCCGACCCUCGGCACCCCGCAAUCUUGGACAAUAUUUGGACAUGCUUUCACAGCCGCAUGAUUCGGAUGACUCACAGCAGAACAUUUGCGACAUGCCGGUCGAAGUGUUGCUAACCAUUUUCGCUCAUCUAGAUGAUCUCUCGUUGUGGAACGCGAGUGAAGUGUGCAAACAAUGGAAACGCAUUCUCGAGGUGCACGUUCCACAACUGAUGUGGAAAAAGUACACCAAGGAACGGUGGCCACUUUUCCAACAGAUCUCCACUAUACCGAACUGGCUGCAUAUGUACGGUGCGCUGAUGAAUUCCUGCUUCUGCCGUACCUGCCUGCUGCAGAUGGCACUAAAGACUCCGAUGCGUGGCCGAAUGAAUCACAUCCGGGCGAAUCGAUUACGGAGCGACAUUCGUUCGCUAGAUCGUGAUGCUACGGAAGGAAUCGAUGCGGUUGCACUGGACAAUCAGUUAUUUCACUGGCAGGCAUCGAUUCUCGGACCGGCAGGAAGUCCGUAUGAGGGUGGAAAAUUUUUCCUGUACAUCGUCAUUCCACCCUCGUACCCCAUGCUACCCCCGCAGGUUCGCUUUUUGACCAAAAUUGUACAUCCAAACGUUUCACGACACGGUGACGUGGGAAUCGACAUCAUCCAGCACAACUGGUCCCUAGCGCUAACUAUCUCCAAGCUGCUGCUGUCCGUACAGAGCCUUCUAACAGACCCGUACACACAGAUUUGCAUGGAACCGGAGCUUGGCCGGUUGUACGAAAACGAUAGGCCCAAAUUUGAAGCCUUAGCACGCCGCUGGACGUGGAAAUACGCCAUGUAUGAGGUAUUGCCACCCCUGGAUGGUGCGAAGUAAGUAGGCAGCAGUACCGUACCUAGCUGGUUUGUUGGACGUGCAACGCUACCAAUGAACGUGAACGAUAAAAUACGACAUUCUGUACAUAGCCACGGUUCCGUUCGUGCGAAUAAGGCUUUGUGCUUCGCAUAAAAAUCUGACUCUUGUAUAUUGCGUGAGCCUAUCAAUGUGAUUUGGUAAGCUACAACUCGGCACAAACUAUGAAUUUCCUAAACAAUAAUUGUAGCGAUUCUCAUCCGCCAUCUACUGUGACCAGCAUCUAGCAGCAGGAUAUUUGAAUUCUCACAUAAAAAAAGUAUUCAAUGCAUGAUCGGUGGGCCAAUAAAGAAUAUCGAUUGACAAACGCAACGUGUACGCCGCAUAUAUUCUGCGGCUACAAGCCUUUCCAAAAUCAAA